AUGAGGCCGCGUCUUCAGCCCCCAGCCCGCAGGGGUUUGCGCUGGUCGUGCAACCUGGCGCCGCGGUCCCUCCGGCCACUUGGGUGUCUCCCGGACAGGCUGCGGGCCAGAGUCGCGGUGGAGGCCGCGGGGACCCGCCCUGAGAGCGUCUCCUGCAGGCUCUGGAUCAGGGGGAACGGUCGUUUCCGCCGUGCGGAGUACCUGGCGAGGCCCUUGAAGGAGCUAGAACAGGACCUGGCGCAGGUUUGGGACCCACACGGUGACUUACCCCUUUUCUGCAACUCUCCCUUUUUCUGGAAGGUUUCUGCAGAGAGCGCCCCGGGGCAGAGAGAGUGGAGGCCUCAGAUUUACAGGAAGUGCACAGACACGCCCUGGCUGCUCCUGUUCUUUCUCUUCUGGACGGGCUUGAUGUUCAUCACAGGCUAUGCGGUGGCAGCCGGGGCCGCAGGGAGGCUCCUCUUCGGCUAUGACAGCUUUGGCAACGUGUGUGGCAAGAAGAACUCCCCAGUGAAGGGGGCCCCUCUUUCGGGGCAGGACAUGACCCUAAAAAAACACGUGUUCUUCAUGAACUCCUGCCACCUGGAGGCUGAGGAUGGCCGGCUCGGCUCCCCCGCCCUCUGCGUGUCCCACUGCCCCGAAGAGCAGCUCACCUCCCUGGAAGAGGUCCAGCGCUUUGCCAACAGCACCGGGUCCUUCCUGUGCAUUUACAGCUUGAAUUCUGCAGACUAUGCCCAGAAUCCAAACGCAGCCUCACUGUGCCCCAGGCUCCCAGUCCCUCCAAGCAAGUCUUUCCCUCUGUUUAACCGAUGCAUCCCCCAAACGCCGGAGUGCUACUCCCUGUUUGCACCUGUGCUGAUAAACGAUGCUGACACCCUCCAUCGAGUUCUCAGUGGGAUAAUGUCGGGAAGAGACACGAUCUUUGGCCUGUGUGUCCUCGCACUAGCCCUGUCUCUGGCCGCGAUGCUUGCGUUCCGGCUGGUCUCCAGCCUCCUGGUGCGCACUCUGGCCGCACUGGUCGUGGUGGGGUUGCUGUUCGUCUGUGGUGUCCUGUGGUGGCUGUAUUACGACUACACCGCCGAUCUGAGCAUAGCCCUGGACACAGAGAGGGACAAUAUGAGGUGCUUGCUGGGCUUCGCCGUGGUGUCCACAGUUCUCACGGCUGUUCUGCUCAUCUCAAUUUUUAUCCUGAGAAAGAGAGUGAAAUUGGCAGUCGAGCUUCUGCGGGUCACAAACAAGGCCAUCAGCAGCUGCCCUUUCCUGCUGGCCCAGCCGCUGUGGACAGUCACCAUCCUCCUUGUCUUCUGGGUGCUCUGGGUGACCGUGCUCCUGAGCCUGGGCACCGCAGGAGCAGCCCAGGUCGGCAAAGGUGGCCAGGUGGAGUAUGAGCCUCUCUUGGGCAUUCGGUACAUGUGGGGCUACCACAUAGUGGGCCUCAUCUGGACCAGCGAAUUCAUCCUCGCGUGCCAACACAUGACUGUGGCAGGGGCGGUGGCCACCUGUUACUUCAACAGAAAUGAAAAUGACCCUCCCGGUCGCCCCAUCCUGUCAUCUCUCUCCACCCUGUUCUGCUACCACCAAGGGACAGUUGUGAAGGGCUCGUUUUUGAUCCCCAUGGUGAGGGUUCCACGGGCCGCCCUCAUGUACAUCUCCAACACCCUGAAAGACAAGCAGAGGGCCUGGUCCAGGUGUGUGCUCAGGUGCUGCGUCUGCUGUCUCUGCUGUUUGGACAGAUACCUGCGCCAUCUCCACCAGGACGCGUACGUGGCCACGGCCAUUAACGGGACAGACUUUUGUACCUCAGCCAGAGACGCUCUCAGGCUCUUGUCCGAGAAUUCAAGUCGCUUCCCAUCAGUUAACCGUUUCGGAGACUUCAUCAUUUUUUUAGGAAAGGUGCUGGUGGUGUGCUUCACGGUCUUCGGCGGGCUGAUGGCCUUUAACUACCACCGUGCGCUGCAGGUGUGGGCGGUCCCGCUGCUCCUGGUUGCCUUUUUUGCCUUCUUCGUGGCCCACAGUUUCUUAUCUGUGUUUGAGACCGUGCUGGGGGCACUUUUCCUGUGUUUUGCUGCUGACCUGGAAACAAAUGAUGGGUCUUCCGAAAAGCCCUACUUCAUGGACCAGGAGUUUUUGAGUUUUGUAAAGAGGAUCAGUAAGUUACAACGCGCAAGGCCCGAGAGAGACAGGAGCUCCGUGAGGCACGAAGAAGGAACUGAACUCCAGCCCGUCGUGAGAUAGGCGCCGUUAGGUAUUUGCGCCCGGGAAGCUCCCCUCUUCUACGAGCCCUUCUCAGAAUAAACACGGUGGCUGCAGACUCUGUUUUCCACCGUGUGGUCCCUGCUGUUUGGCCCCCUACAGCCCAGACAGCUCACAGCCUCUUUUCCGCUCACAGGGGCAAAAACCCCUUUAGGACCAUGUUUAUACCCAUCAGUCCAAAAGCACACAGUUUACACACUCAUUUCAGGGCUCCGGUGAAAAGCGCACCCCUCACUCUCAACCCGUAAAUACCCCUGGCAGAA